AUGCAGGCUCCCAAUGCAGAGUGUGUCGGUCCUGAAAGUCCAGAGGCUGGAAUUGCUUCAUCCUGCCAAGGGUGUCCCAAUGCUGCGAUAUGUGCUUCCGCGCCAAAAGGACCAGAUCCAGAUAUUGAAUUGAUUAGACAGCGGCUGUCAGGUGUUAAACGAACUGUGAUGGUUAUCAGUGGAAAAGGGGGAGUUGGAAAAAGCACUCUGGCCAAGGAACUUGCAUUUGCUUUGGGUAAAAUGGGGCUAGGUGUUGGUUUGGUUGACUUGGAUAUCUGUGGUCCUUCCCUUCCACGUCUGACGGGGGUUCGAGGAGAAGAUGCACACCAGAGCGCUGCGGGUAUUGAGCCUGUCCUGAUUGACGAAACGGUUUCCAUGAUGUCUAUGCAUUACUUAUUAGGAGACAAAAAUGAGGCUGUUCUUUUCCGAGGUCCCCGAAAAAAUGGUGUCAUAAAGAUGUUUUUAAAAGACGUGAUUUGGGGCGAUCUCGAUAUUAUGCUUAUUGACACCCCUCCUGGAACGUCAGAUGAACAUAUCACAGCUGCGUCACUACUACAACAGUGUGGGGGUGUGACUGGCGCCGUUCUGAUUACGACGCCUCAGUUGGUUGCAGAAGCUGACGUAAGGCGAGAAGUGAGUUUUUGUCAGAAGGCAAAACUCCCGCUUCUGGGAAUUGUAGAAAAUAUGAGUGGAUUUGUAUGUCCUAACUGUAAAGGAAGAUCCGCCAUUUUUCCACGUACGAAUUUCCAGGGAGCAGGGAGGCGCUUGAGCGAGGAAUUUAGGAUCCCUUUUUGGGGUGAAGUUCCCCUGGACCCCUUGUUAAUGAAGGCAUGCGAAGAGGGGGUCGCGUUAACGGAUGUAGUUGGCUGUAAAAGUCCAAGUCUUGAAGUACUGCAGUCCGUUGCUGCUAAGCUUCUUGCAUCCCUAGAUGUGGAAUAG